AGUGCUGCCUGUCACACCUGAGCCAGCAGUUUGUGCAACCAGAGGAGCGCAGGCAGGGCUCCCUGCUGGGGCCUGGGCUGCCCAGCCAUGCCUUGGGCACUCUGGCCAAGGUGGCUGGCAGGCAAGAUGCUGCCCCUUCUGGGGGCAGUGCUGCUUCAGAAGAGAGAGAAGAGGGGCCCUCUGUGGAGGCACUGGCGGCGGGAAACCUACCCAUACUAUGACCUCCAGGUGAAGGUGCUGAGGGCCACAAACAUCCGGGGUACAGACCUGCUGUCCAAAGCUGACUGCUAUGUGCAACUGUGGCUGCCCACAGCGUCCCCCAGCCCUGCCCAGACGAGGAUAGUGGCCAACUGCAGUGACCCCGAGUGGAAUGAGACCUUCCACUACCAGAUCCAUGGUGCUGUGAAGAACGUCCUGGAGCUCACCCUCUAUGACAAGGACAUCCUGGGCAGCGACCAGCUCUCCCUGCUCCUGUUUGACCUAAGGAACCUCAAGUGUGGCCAACCUCACAGACACACCUUCCCACUCAACCACCAGGAUUCACAAGAGCUGCAGGUGGAAUUUGUUCUGGAGAAGAGCCAGGUGCCUGCAUCUGAAGUCAUCACCAACGGGGUUCUGGUGGCUCACCCCUGUCUGAGAAUCCAGGGCACGCUCCGGGGAGAUGGGACAGCCCCACUACGGGAAGAGUAUGGCUCUAGGCAGCUCCAGCUGGCAGUGCCUGGGGCCUACGAGAAGCCACAGCUCUUGCCCCUGCAGCCUCCCACAGAGCCAGGCCUCCCACCCACCUUUACCUUCCACGUGAACCCAGUGCUGAGCUCCAGGCUACACGUGGAGCUGCUGGAGCUGCUGGCAGCUGUGCAGAGUGGCCCCAGCACGGAGCUAGAGGCUCAGACCAGCAAGCUGGGCGAGGGGGGCAUCCUGCUCUCCUCUCUGCCCCUAGGCCAGGAGGAACAGUGUUCUGUGGCCCUGGGGGAGGGCCAGGAGGUGGCUCUGAGUGUGAAGGUGGAAAUGAGCUCCAGGGACCUAGACCUACGCCUUGGCUUUGACCUCUGUGAUGGGGAGCAGGAGUUUCUGGACAGGAGGAAGCAGGUCGUGUCCAAGGCCCUGCAGCAGGUGCUGGGAUUGAGUGAGGCUCCGGACAGUGGCCAGGUGCCUGUAGUGGCUGUGUUGGGUUCCGGUGGUGGAACCCGAGCCAUGUCUUCUCUGUAUGGCAGCCUGGCAGGGUUGCAGGAGCUCGGCCUUCUAGACAUUGUGACCUACCUGAGUGGGGUCUCUGGGUCCACCUGGUGCAUCUCCACACUCUACAGGGACCCAGCCUGGUCCCAGGUGGCCUUGCAGGGCCCCAUUGAUCGUGCCCAGGUUCACGUCUGCAGCAGUAAGAUGGGAGCUUUGUCCACUGAGCGGCUACAGUACUACACUCAGGAACUGGGGGUUCGGGAGCGCAGUGGCCACAGCGUGUCCCUCAUCGACCUCUGGGGCCUCCUUGUGGAGUAUUUCCUGUACCAGGAGGAGAAUCCUGCCAAGCUGUCUGACCAACAGGAGGCGGUCCGCCAGGGUCAGAACCCUUACCCCAUUUACACCAGCGUCAACGUCCGCACCAACAUGAGUGGGGAAGAUUUUGCAGAGUGGUGCGAGUUCACGCCCUAUGAGGUCGGCUUCCCCAAGUACGGGGCUUAUGUUCCCACCGAGCUCUUCGGCUCAGAACUCUUCAUGGGACGAUUGCUGCAGCUCCAGCCCGAACCCCGGAUCUGCUACCUGCAAGGUGUGUGGGGCAGCGCCUUUGCCACCAGCCUGGAUGAGAUCUUCCUAAAGACUGCCGGCUCGGGCCUCAGCUUCCUGGAGUGGUACAGAGGCAGUGUGAAUAUCACAGAUGACUGCCAGAAGCCUCAGCUGCACAACCCCUCGAGGCUGCGAACGAGGCUCCUCACCCCGCAGGGGCCCUUCUCCCAGGCUGUGCUGGACAUAUUCACCUCCCGCUUCACUUCUGCCCAAAGCUUUAACUUCACCCGGGGUCUCUGCUUGCACAAGGACUAUGUGGCUGGCAGGGAGUUCGUGGCCUGGAAAGACACACACCCGGAUGCCUUCCCCAACCAGCUCACCCCCAUGCGGGACUGCCUGUACCUGGUGGACGGAGGCUUUGCCAUCAACUCUCCGUUCCCACUGGCUCUGCUGCCUCAGAGAGCAGUGGACCUCAUUCUGUCCUUCGACUAUUCCUUGGAAGCCCCUUUUGAGGUCUUGAAGAUGACAGAGAAGUACUGCCUGGACCGAGGAAUCCCCUUCCCUAGCAUCGACGUGGGCCCUGAGGACAUGCAGGAGGCUCGUGAGUGCUAUCUGUUUGCCAAGGCUGAGGACCCCCACUCCCCCAUCGUGCUGCACUUCCCCCUUGUGAACCGUACCUUCCGCACACACCUGGCCCCAGGUGUGGAGCGACAAACAGCUGAGGAGAAGGCCUUUGGGGACUUUGUCAUCAACAGGCCAGACACCCCCUAUGGCAUGAUGAACUUCACCUAUGAGCCCCAGGACUUUGAUCGGCUGGUGGCCCUCAGUCGCUACAACGUUCUGAACAACGUGGAGACCUUGAAGUGCGCCCUCCAGCUGGCUCUGGACCGGCACCAGGCUCGGGAGAGGGCUGGGGGCUGACCAAGGCAGGAGGCAGAGGACCGUGACAGAGAGGAGACACACUGCUCGUGGUCAGGGCUUGUAGAGGGAGGAGCGAUGGGGACUUUGUGCAGGGUCUGCUUCCCUUCUCUCCAGUACCUGCCUCGAGGUGCCCCAGGCCACGGAAAGCUCUUGCAGAAUUGCAGCUUGGACUGGGGCAGGGCUCUCCUUGUGUGUUUUUGGAGAAGAUGGGCAGUAGAUCGCUCCAGGGGCUCUUGGGGAUGUAGGGUAGAGGGGAACAGCACUCAUUUCACAGAGGGGUGUGGAGAGAAUCAGGUGAGCCACAGGGGCCACCCCAGACACAGAAGGACCUCAGAGGGCCCAGGUCCUCAGACCCACACAGAACAGGGGCUGAGGGCACCGAGAAGCCAGCUGUCCUCCUUACACUGAGGUGGAAAGCAGAGAUGCAUCCACCCACACUUCCUGCAGAGCGGCCCAAGCCCCAACCCCACCUCAAGCUCCUGGAUGCACUGCUAUCAAGAACAACGAGGGGCUCAGUGGGUGGCCAGCCUAUGUCGCUGACUCCACAAUCCUAACCCUCCUUCUGCCUUCUGGCCUCCUCCUGCCUCCUCCCAGAUCACCCUUCUCUUCCUAGCGCCCUAAAGCCUGUGGGGUGAUGGCCCAUUCUGGCUGCUCCAGGUGGGAGAUGUGGGCAUGUCUCCCUGCCAAUUACCCAGGCUUCACUCUUCGAGCCUGGGCCACAGUCUCUGGUCAUGUGUGUAGUGGCCACAUCAUGCAAAUAUAGUCUCACUAUUCCUAGGAGCUAAA